AUGACUUCGCUAGUAUGUCCUACAUGCAACAAAAAAACGGGUGAGAAAGACAACACCCGUUGCAACGGUUGCGGACGCUACAUACACUCGUCCUGCACUGGUCUUAGUUCCUCUGCCAUCACUGUACUAAAAGAAAAUGUAUCACUUAAAUUCACCUGCCUUACCUGCAUGAAAAAGCAGAACUUGAGAAACGUCAUCGAAUCUAAUUUCCCUGAGCUAGCAGUAUUCAUGCCCGAACUUCUGUCGAAAGUCAACGAAAUCAAGGAGUACUUGCAAUCGGAACUAACCUCUCAGCUCACUCAACUGCUUAAAGUCCACUGCGAUAAAAUCGAGCAGAACAUCAUUUCGUCUCUCCGAGCCACUACACACGACAGCAACACACAACGCACUUUCGCUCAAGUAGUAGGCGGCAUCACUACACCAGCGAAAGACUCCGUAGUUACAGUUACACCCAAAUGUCAACAAGACCCUGCGCGAGGCACGCUCCGCUCUGGCAGACAACGACAACUAACUGUACCUCUAACGACCAAACGACCUAUCCCAACACCUACAGUUAGACCUUCCCGUCCCAUCACCAAGCCACUCAAGUCAACCGCAACCCCUUCACAAACAAACGUGACUGCUCCAAAGCGUAAACCCAGACAACUAACUCAAAUGGAACGAACGGUCAUCAUAAAACCGGUCCAGAACCAAGAUGCAUGUGUAACGCGAGAUGAAAUCCAGUCAAACCUGAACCCAGUAGAGCUUGAAGUUAAAGACUUUCGCUCUUUGCCUAGUGGUGAUGUAUUGGUGAGGUGCGCUUCCGCAUCUUCAGCUCUGCAGCUUUCCGACACCGUGAAUCGCAUACUACCCAAUCGAUAUGAGACCGAAAUCAAAGCCCCAUUGAAACCACGUAUCAAGAUCUCUGGUCUUUCUGAAGAUAUUGAUGCCGAUAAUAUUAUACCUUUGCUCAGACAACAGAACAACAUCCCUGAAUCCGCAGUCUUAAAAAUCGUCAGAAUAACGAAAUCCGAAGGAAAAGACAUGUUUGCCAUUAUCGAGCCAGACGCACAAACUUUCGGGCAACUUCUUCGCAUCGGUAGGGUCAACCUUGGCUGGAACCGCUGCCGCGUCACUGAACAGAUAAACGUACGAAGAUGCUUCAGGUGUUCUGAGUUUGGACACAUCGCCAAUACAUGCACUAAACCUCACUGCUGCCCAAAAUGCUCCGAGAACCAUAGCCUUAAUGAAUGCUCCUCGAGCAUUCAAAAAUGUGGAAACUGUAUGAUCGCCAACACAAAAAGAACCGAUGAAGAAACCUUGUACGACAUCUUUCACAGCGCAUGGAGCUCCGACUGCCCAGCAUACGCGCAGAGACUAAGAUUAGCCAAGCAACGUAUUGAUUACACGACAUAG